AUGGAUAGCGAGGGAGAUAGUCUCGAGGUUCUGUGCGGACCUUGUCAGGAGGUACGUAUGAGUAUCAAAGCAACACUUCUCUGUGUCACUUGCAAGGAGCCAUUUUGUAACAAUUGUACCAAGCUCCACCGCGCUCAAUCUUGGGCGCAAAAACACUCGUACAUGUCCCUGACCGAUGAGACCAAGGAAAGCAUCAGGUCAGUGCUUUCCUCGCAGGUGAGUUCAGUACGACAGAAAGCCAAGGACAAGAAAAAACGCUGGAACAAGGACGAAGGAGACAAACCCUCUUAUAUGGAUGAUCUUCAACACAAGCACGAUCAUGCUCAGAUGGAGAUGGAGAACGAGCUGUUCUGUGAGCAACAUCAGACCGUUCUGUGUGACCUGUGUAAGGCCAAGGACCAUAAAAACUGUGUCAAUUUCACUCCAGUUGCUGAUGUUGCCAGUUCCAAGAAAAGCUCGCGAGACCUUUUCGAUCUCGUUGCCGCGCUUAAGAAAUACCAUAGGUUCGCCGAAAUAAUGUACCAAGAUCGCGUUACGGAAACGGAAAUUCUCGAGAAAAAACGAGAAGAGAUUUUACAACAAGUAAUGGCGGUAAGAGAAAGGUCUGACGAAGAGACAAAUGACGUUGAUAAAAUAAAUCUGGCGGAGUUUAAGAGUAUGCAUGUACGUAAUAUGAAAAAACUCUCACAAGAAAAAGAAAGGCUUACAAAUCUCAAGAAAAUGACAAAAGCAGAUGCCGAGGAAAUGAAAGAAAUGUUCAAAGACGACUCCGAAAAAUCCCCUUCUCAGUUCUUGAAGGCCUACGUCAGGAUAAGCAAUAAGCAGACGGUUUAUGAACGAUUUCUAAAAGAAAUAUACGAUGCCAUACAAAACCACGACUAUACGUUGACAUUGCCACAACAAGACGGAAGUAAUUCUAAAUCCGUGACACCAAUUGGAGAGGUCAAACAGGUAGACACAUACUUCCGGUUACCCCCUUUCCUGGUGCUCGAAAUAAAUGGGAAAUUCCGUGCGAAGGUCAAAGCUGUCUCUAAAGUCACGGGAAUUAUGGCUAUGCAGAAGGUAUUGAAGUCAGUGCCAUCAACGAGUGGCGACUCGGUGAUCUCAGAGAGGCCAGACUCUUUCCGAUCUGUAAGUCUUUCGAGCUCUGGAUCAAGUUCCUCCAAUUCGUCUCUGUCUUCGGGCACAAACGGAGGUUUUGGUAUAGCGGAACCUCUUAGGCUUCCCUCCCCUCCCCCCGUACGCGCUCAAAGUGUUAACACAUUUGUUCCCUACCCGUACGACUCUCAAAAGGCGUUUUUCAUCACGGCCAUUGGCUGUCUCCCAUCAGGUGACCUGGCUAUUAUCGACAGAUGUGCCUCGGAACUCAAGGUGCAUGACAGGAAGUUAAGAGCAUCAACUAGUUUCACAUUUCUAACAUUGCCUUGGGAUCUAACAAUUUUACCCGACUUGCAUUUUGCUGUCACUCUUCCGGGCGAGAAAAUGGUAAAAAUUGUUAAAAUGAUCACCGUUAUGAAGGAGCAGAAAAACAACAAAAAUACAAAGGAUAAUGGGAAAAAACAACAAAAAAUGGUACCGACCAACGAACUGGUUCAUGUGAAAAAUAUACCGUGCACGGGGGAGUGUUGGGGUGUGGUCUAUUGUGAUAAGAGCUUGUUCGUCACUUGCGACCCCUGGAUGGGUAACCCUUACAUUUUAAGGCUUUGCCUAGAUGAUAACUCGAGGAGGGGAGUAGUUGUUCCGGUGAAAGGCGUAGGGUUCACCGCCCCACAACACAUCACUUGUAACAGUAUGAGCACGGAGCUCUACGUCACAGAUUCAGCUUUGCAUUGCGUCAUUGCUCUCGGUACAGACGGCCAGUUAAAAUUCAUUUACAGAGCACGUGAUAUGGGGUGUCCGACCGGUAUAUCAGUAGACAGAUCCGGAAAUAUAUAUGUCUGCGCAAAGGAAACAUCAAAUGUACACAGGGUUGAACCGGGCGGAAAGGAGGGAGGUCCGAUUUUCGCCGGAAGUGACGGAGUUAUAAAACCACGUGGAAUAUGUUACAGUUCGAACAAUGGUAACUUGUACAUCGCCAAUAAUAACACGUCUAAGAUCAAGGCAUACGCAGUAUAA